UCGAUCGAAAAUUCGCGUUUGCGCUAGUCUGAUAGUGUGAGCUCCGUUAGAGAAGGGAGUCCUGUUUUAAGUAAGCUUAGUGCUAUGAAGUUGCUUAUUGUGCUGUGUCUUGGGACACUGGCGUUGUCCGCACCGGCACCCCAAAAAGGAAGUCAAAUUGAUUUUUUAUAUGACGAUGAUGAGACACAGGCUUCAGUGCGACCAGUUGAAAUAAACACUGUCGAACCGAAGGUGACAGCCACCAAGAUAAGUGAUCACAGAGAACCUGCUCCAGUGUUUGAAGAAGAUGAAGCUGACGUUCAGGAAGAAGAACCCAGUCCGAUUGCUAGUCCCUUGAAUUUAGAACAAAAUGAAUCAGACAAUAGUGAACGAAGUGCACAGGUCAACGAAACUGUUAGUGAUGAUUUCGAAAACGAGAAUAAAACAGAAUCUACUGUUACUGAUCGUACUGACAGUGCGGUAACUGACACUACGAUUCGCGUUUAUGAUGAAGACGAAGUUAAUGGAGCCAUCGAAAAGGAGAAAUACCCAGAGCAGGAGCAGGAGCAGGAGCAGGAGCAGGAGCAGGAGCAGGAGCAAGAGCAGAAGCAGGACCAGGGUCAGGAGCAGGAGCAGGAGCAGCAGCGGGAGCAGCAGUGGGAACAUGAGCAGGAGCAUGAGUGGGAGCAAGAACACGAGCGCGAGCAGGAGCAAGCCAGACACAAUCAAAUCAAUCAGAAGGCUGUGAUACUUGAUAGCUAUCAGUACGACGAUACAAGUUUAGAAAGAGAGUUUCAGAAUGAAGAAAGUCCUGAAAAGCCAACCACUGCAGCUUUUGAACCAAAUUCUAACAAACCCGUAAUAAACGGGGAUCUGAACGUGGAGCUCAACCAUGAAACGCAAGUUGUGGAAAAGGGUAGUUUUGGAAUUCAGGACUUGAAAACUUCUGUAACGAUUCCAGUAAAACCGGAAAACCGUGAAUAUGCUGGAUUAGCUGACUGGGGUCCCGUGCAUCAAGAAGCUGUUACAAAUGAUGAUAUGAACGUUGAACUUAAAAGUGGUCAAUUAUUUAACCAUGGAACGCUAGUUUUAGAAAAGGGAACUUUUGAAGGUCAGGACAUGAAUCAUCCUUUCACCGGUCCAUUCCCAAUGAAGCAAUGGAAGAUGGGUGAAAACCAUGAAUUUGCCAACUGGCAUCAUGGACCCCAUGGACACCGUGGCGAUCAUGAACACCCCAACUUUCCGGGCUCACAAAACGAACAUCAUCGGUUUGACGGACCACCACCACCAUGGGUUCAAGGGCCUCAUUUCCACCAUCAGCAUUUUGAUCACAAAAGUCAUGAACACAAAGGAUACACCUUCCAUGGCAACGGAUUCCAUCGGGAUGUUCCCGCGUGGAAUAGCCACUGGGGAAAUCCCAAUUCUGUGCCUCCAACAAAUUGACAACAAUCUCCCCCCCCCCUGAUAUUGCAAAUUUAUCAGAAUGAUUUAUGGCUUCUGAUCGCAUAUAGGAAACAUUGUUGAAUGGUCUAAAUACAUACAACUAUUUAAGUUAGUACUGACGCCUACAUGCGGAAUUGAACAUAAGGCAGUGAGCGUUUGUGAGUUGAUUUUCAAUCUAAUAGGGGAAAUGGAUGUAAUGUUGGCCUAAAUGCCCCUAAUUUGGGCCCAUACAUAAAUUCAGCAAUCGACUAAAUUUUCAAUAGCAACCAAAAAUAUCCAUAAGUGCCGUCCCAAUGACGCGUUCAUCUAGAUAAAAUUGAUCUUAGAUCCAUAGGCCAACAUUAGAGCCAUUUCCCCUAGUCGCUUUUAUUACGGAGUUCACUGCGAUGUUUCAAACUAGUUUUAGUCAUAAACCGGAUGGAAUAAUAAAAGUGAGCAGUUUUCGAGUGUGUUUUUUGGAUGAAUCAUGUGACUGAUGAAUUGAACGUAUCAAAGA